UUUUUUUUUUCGGAGUAGAAACAAAAAUAAGUAGAGAGACUCUGGGGUGCAUGUAUCGCAAAGCUGCCAAACCUUCUUGGACAGUUGUGCUAGUCUGCCCAUUGAGCAAACAAGAUUCCCAAUACCUUAUAGAAAUCGCAGGGAUCAGUCGUCACUUCCUUCUCACCCUUCGGUCCUUCCAAAUUGUAUACUGAGCAUACAGACCUGCAGCAAACGGGCACCUUGUCUUCUUUCGCAAACCCACAUCUUGCCACAGCAGUAUUGACUCUCGCCUCUUCUCUCUGCUCUUUCUUCACCUUCUGCCCAUCUCCAUCAAACUUGAACAUCAUGAAACACAAGCUUCUUUAACCGCCAUCCGGACAUCGAUUCAGGAAAGGUUCAAAUCUACACUGAUGCACUCUCAUUGAUAUCCUUUCCUGCCAACGUAAUGCAUUUUCCAAUUUCUUUGGGUGCCUUGCACUUCCUGAUAGUGCUAUGCUUCUCGCCGCGCAGCAUUGAGGCACUCGGCUGGGGAAACCGCGCCAAGUCAUCGCCACCACAGAGGGCCCGCGAGGCUACGAAAUUUCACACAGAUGCCUACAUCCCGGCCUCCGCCAUUCAGCCUGCUGUACUUGUCGACCUUUACGCUGAUGCCUUACGACAACUCCAACAGCUAGAGUCGGAACCUCUAUGCCAUCGCAUCGCCGCACGACUUCUUGUCACCAACUGCCAGCUUCUUGAUGGAAAGGAUGAAGCAACUGUACUUACCGAUAGCGGGCGUCUUAUCCGCGAUUUUGUGGAGGCUUACGCAGUCAGUCUUGCCAUUUGCGACCUCGAACGUGGCGAUUUCCACAUUCCCUCAGAAUGUUCACCGUUUCGAGAACCCGCACUUAUCAAAGUCUCGGCUCAGAGGGACUUCUCUCUACAUGUUUCCUCGUCUCAAAUACAAGCGUGCAUCUCAGGCCUAAAGUCUCCAGACUCAGCGUGGGGAACAUACAUCAGCUAUAGGCACAAGGCGCUGCAGUUCUGUGAAGCAGCGAGGGCUGAUCAAGAGAAGACCCAAAAUAUUCUUAUAUUUCAGAAGCUCAUCAAGGUCACCGAGCAGCUGGUCACAGGGGUCGAAACCGAGCUUCAAAAACGUAUGAACGAUCUCGACGAGCGAACUCAACAAGCAAGCGAUGCUAUCGACCGCCUCAACCCCAAACUGCAUGGCUUACACGAGAGCUUUGGAAAGAUUCAGAGCAUACACAACGGGCUUAGUGAGGCGUUGAGAGAUUCAGUUGGAGCAACCCGAUCCGUUCUGGAGGAUUCUACCACAUUGCAACAGCUUCUCAAAGUUAUGGUAGACGCGGUCCUUCAGCACCACUCUGAAGUGGCAUCUGCAAAUGAGCGUUCAGUCGAAAGCUACGGAGCCAUCACCGCCGCCAGCAUAAAAGCUUCCGAGGAAAUGGGCCAGAUGCUUUCUGCACUUUCGAUUGCGAAAACAUAUACAGCAGAGCUGAAUCAAAAACUCGAACUCUCUCGCCUCGAAGCUGCUGAGCUUUCAAAGCGUCAGGACCUUGUGGGAAACAGUUUGGUGCGUCUCGAGAACAUGACCGAACAGCUAGUUGAAAAGUACGACAACCAUUCCUCCAAGCUCGAAUCAGUCCGCAACAUGACGAAUGACAUUGUCGAGACAUUGAACGACGCCCAGGUAUUGGCUACUGCCACGAAGAAUACAUUCACUUUCGGGUCAAGUUGGUGGCUCACGUACGUGACAUUACCUCUCGGCUUUGUUGUUGCAGGCUCUUACGGUCUUUCGCCAUCACUUCCUCGGAACAUAUUGCUGGCUGCUCUUAGGGAGGGCCUAGCUUUGCUAUGGUCGUCCCGGGAUGCAUUCAGUAUAUGGCCGUCUAGUUUGACGUCUUUCUUUUUUUCUUCAAAUUCCAACAUGCUUCUCAAUGCCACAAUUCCUACUUCACUUUAACAAGUCCAAGCUUGAUAUUUCGACCAUUAACAGCAUUUGCAUAUAUUUAUCGGGCAAAAAUCUGACGCACAUACAUUUGUACUCGUCCUUCUCCUCGGAUACGAAUUGGCACUUUUCAUAUUCUCCCCUUCAAGUUUUUUGGCACACACACAUAUAUGGCGAAAUUGCGGGAAAAUUUGGACCUUCUCAAGCAGAAAAGGUGCUGCUCAAGGUUACCGGGUAAUGGGCACAGGUCUCUACGUGGGUGCGAUGAUAGUCCUAACAUCAUUGCCUUCCUAAUGCCGAAUACGGACUCACAUUUGAUGGUUUUUGCUUCUCGACAAAUAAUUUCUCUACAAUAAAACAGAAAUCUUGGCUCCUUCUAUACUCCGCGAAUGCGAGGCAUGACUUGGUAGACUUGUACCUUUCAGACGCCUGUGAUGCUCAUCCUGCUUUAUUCAUGGUUCCGUUCGGCUCCAUCCGUUUGCCAUCCCUUGCAU